AUGAAUGAUCGCAAUAGUCAUACAUCGAGACGAACCAUCGGUGGUCAGUCUGUGAGCCAAGACUCGGAGAUGAGUGGAUCUAAUGGGCCGAAGACGUCAAUGAACUCCAGAAGGGAUUGCAGAGAAAAGAGUGACACGAAGUAUAUUUCAUACAACACUCACGUCAACCGAAGAGUUGGUUACCAAGAGUAUAACGGAUCCCAUGGUUUGCCGCCAAUAAUGGCCCACUCAUCACAUAUACGAGACAUGCGGUUCAAUAUGGGCUAUAAUAGUGGACAGCACUACUCAAUGGCCACUAAUCCCUACUACGGGUAUCCCUCCCGUCAGCCAUACUAUGGAUUCGCGGCCCAUACAGCCUAUGGCUCAUCACAAGACCCCAAUUGUCACAACUAUUCCGAUCCAAGUCCUAGAUCUGAGAAAUGCAAACAAACUUUAACUAUCGAUGAAAUCCGGAGAAAAGUGUCAACGUUUCGUCCGUUUAUCAAAACGAAUGACUCGAAUAGCAGAACAAAUGGAUUUAAAUUCUCGAUAAUGUCUUAUAAUAUUUUGUCUCAAAACCUAUUGAAUGAACACAAGUACCUGUACCACCACUGCGAGCCCACACACAUUGAAUGGCCUCGAAGAGGUCACCUAAUUGUGAACGAAUUGCUUGAAUCGGACGCAGAUAUUCUCUGUUUACAAGAAGUACAUUCACAGCACUUCCGGGAGCUGAUUGGUCCGGAGCUCCAGAAAUAUGGCUAUAAUUUUGUCUAUGAGAAGAGAACGGGAAACUUAAUGGACGGCUGUGUCAUUGCCUAUAAGGAGAAUAUGUUUUCGCUCUUGAAAUCCACUAAAUUAGAGCUCAAACGCAAAGACUUGUCAUCUCUUUUAGACAGAGAUCACAUCGGAUUGAUAGUAGAGUUGAGGCCAAAGUCGUUGAAAAGCAAAUCAAAGUUGUUUGUGGCCAACACUCACCUCUUGUAUAACCCAAAGAGAGGUGACGUCAAAAUAACUCAAUUGAGACUUUUGUUGGCAGAGUUGGACCGAUUGGCACUGAUUUCCGCCAAUGAAAACGCCUUUGAAUACAAUCCCAUCAUAUUAUGCGGUGAUUUGAAUAGCGAGCCUCAAUCGCUUCUCCCUAAUUUCAUUACUACGGGUGCCUUAAACCUCAAGGGCUACACAGUUGGCGAUAUUUCCGGACAGCGCAACAGUUACGGCAAAGGAAAUGCUCUGGAAAACUGUAAUUUAGAGUUAUCGGGAAUUACAUCCGAUUCGAGAUAUGAGAGCUCUUCCAGUGAGAGUAGUGCCGAAGACGGCAACACUGAGAAGAUGUCAAUAAAACAUAAUUUCAAAUUGAGAUCUAUUUUCUCGGAUGUGUCUAAUGAUGAGAGAAAUCCUGCCGACAAAUGGGUCUCAACAUCAAAUCGGUUUGAGUCGUCAUUAGUUGACUAUAUCUUCUAUGACUACAAGAAGUUAAAACUGUUGGGAUUUAAUCAACUCAUGACUGCCAACCAAAUGAAAGAAAUCGAGAACAUCCCGAACGCAUACUUAGGUUCCGACCAUUUGUCUCUUAAAGCAAAGUUUCUUAUGAAUUAA